GGCGGCCGCCAUCAUGCGCGCGCCGCCGGGGUUGGUGCGGCUGCUGGCGGCGGCGGCGGCGGCGCGGGGGGUGGGGGCGGCCGCCGCGGCGCUGCCUCGGCGCCAUGGCCCGCUACGGCACGGAGCAGCGGGGGCGGCCUAACUCUCCCGAUUACCGCCUCUACUUUAAGAAUGCAGAUGGUAAAUAUAUUUCCCCAUUUCAUGACAUUCCACUGUUUGCUGGAUCUAAAGAGGAUAAAGAGAUUCCUGCAAAGAGGUCAAAGACUACUGGAACUGAGGUCCUGUUUAAUAUGAUUGUAGAAGUGCCUCGUUGGACAAAUGCAAAAAUGGAGAUUGCCACUGAGGAGCCGUUGAAUCCCAUUAAACAAGAUAUAAAGAAAGGCAAGCUUCGAUAUGUGGCAAAUAUCUUUCCUCACAAGGGUUAUAUAUGGAAUUAUGGUGCCCUCCCACAGACCUGGGAAGAUCCAAACCAUACAGAUAACAUUACAGGAUGUUGUGGGGAUAAUGAUCCUAUUGAUGUUUGUGAAAUAGGUUCAAAGAUUCGUUCUUCUGGUGAGAUUGUUCAGGUGAAGGUCUUGGGUGUUUUAGCUCUUGUUGAUGAAGGAGAGACAGAUUGGAAGAUAAUUGCUAUCAGUGUGGAUGACCCAGAAGCUCAGAAAAUCCAUGAUAUUGAUGAUGUCAAGAGGCACAAACCAGGUUACCUUGAGGCUACGGUUGACUGGUUCCGAUUCUAUAAAGUCCCUGAUGGUAAACCGGAAAAUCAGUUCGCUUUUAAUGGAGAAUUUAAAGACAAGGAUUUUGCUGUUGAAAUUAUUAAAUCCACCCAUGAAUACUGGAAAGCUUUGCUUCAUAAAAAAGCUGAUGGAGGCACUAUUAAGUGCACAAAUGUUCUGGUGAGUGGCAGCCCAUUUUGUUGCAGUGAGGAGGAUGCCCGAUUGAUUGUGCAGUCGGCACCAGUGCCAGUGAAUGGAGAUUCUGUUUCCCCAGAAGUUGAUUUCUGGCACUUUUUUCCCAAGUGAUCGUCAAAGUGUUCUGAAGCUGCAUCAUCAAAUCUUAAAGCCAUCCCUUGUUUGAAGACAGGCAAAAGCACUAAUUGUUGGGUUCCUGUUGAAACAACUUUUCAACUUGUGUAAACCUUCUGUCAUGUAAAUAAACACUGACAUCACAAAAUGAA